UGUAUGCGUGCGACCAUUUAGAGAAGAUAAAUGUUAGGCUAAAGAUAUGCCUUAAGCAAACUGUUUCAUUCUGGAGGCGUGCUAUAAAACAGCCUGUGGGGAUUCUGACGGUCGCACACAGUACAGAUUGGCAAGUUGGAUUGUGCUGAAGGAUCUUCUGUGAAGGUUAUGUAUUCAGCACCAUGUGCUAAAAGUUCACAAUGCCUGAAGAUAUUUGAAAAUCUGGACGUUCAGGAGAGUGUUUUUGAUUCCCGUGGAAUCUAUAGGACGUUUGGCCUCCUUGUUUUUAACAAAACGUAUCGUCACCCAACUACAGAAGGUGCAGAUCCAGAAGAAGACCUGGGCGACCAGUGCAUUAGAGACCCACUUUUGUUACGAUGCCCGUACAAGCGCCACAAUGGACGGAGUUUCUUUUGUGUCCCAUCUGCACGCAAACGUUCGAGGAGAAUGUGCGCAAGCCUAUCAGCUUGGGCUGCGGCCACACCGUUUGCAAGAUGUGUCUGAACAAGCUGCACCGCAAGGCCUGCCCCUUCGAUCAGACCACCAUCAGCACAGACAUCGAGCUGCUGCCCGUCAACACUGCCCUGCUGCAGCUGGUCUGUGGUCAGGUUCCCAAGUCCCAGCCUGUCACCUUAGUGAGAGGAGCAGAGGACACCAAGCAUUAUGACGAAGCACGCACCUGUGUGGAGGAGCUGGCUCUCUACCUCAAACCCCUCAGCAACACCAGAGGUGUGGGGCUGGGCAGUGUGACCCAGAGCCUUCUCAGCCGGCCCAUGCAGAGGAAGCUGGUGACCCUAGUGCACUGCCAGCUGGUGGAGGAGGAGGGUCGUAUCCGGGCCAUGCGGGCUGCUCGCUCUCUGGGCGAACGGACGGUCACUGAGCUCAUCCUGCAGCACCAAAACGCCCAGCAGCUCUCUUCAAAUCUGUGGGCCGCCGUUCGCGCUCGAGGCUGCCAGUUCCUCGGCCCUGCCAUGCAGGAAGAAGCUUUGAAGCUUGUCCUGCUAGCAUUGGAGGAUGGCUCUGCCCUUUCCCGCAAGGUUCUGGUUCUGUUUGUGGUUCAGAGGCUGGAGCCCCGCUUCCCUCAGGCCUCUAAAACCAGUAUAGGACAUGUAGUGCAGCUGCUGUACAGGGCCUCCUGUUUUAAGGUGACAAAGCGAGAUGAGGACUCGUCCCUGAUGCAGCUGAAGGAGGAGUUCCGCACAUAUGAGGCUUUGCGGAGGGAGCAUGACUCUCAGAUUGUCCAGAUUGCCAUGGAGGGAGGGCUGCGCAUCGCCCCUGACCAGUGGUCCUCCUUGUUGUAUGGAGACCAGUCCCACAAGUCCCACAUGCAGUCCAUCAUAGACAAGUUGCAGACCCCAGCAUCCUUCGCUCAGAGUGUGCAGGAGCUCACCAUUGCUCUGCAGAGAACAGGAGACCCAGCCAACCUCAACCGCCUCCGACCACAUCUAGAGCUGCUGGCUGACAUCGACCCCAGCCCAGAUGCCCCUGCACCAACAUGGGAGCAGCUUGACAAAGGACUAGUGGCUGUAAAGACAGUGGUGCAUGGCCUAGUGGACUUCAUCCAGAACUACAGCAAGAAGGGAGGAGACCCACAGCAGGCACCUCAGCACAGCAAGUAUAAGACCUUCAUGUGUCGAGACAUGAAACAGAAAGGAGGCUGUCCCAGGGGAGCCAGUUGCACCUUUGCCCAUUCCCAAGAAGAGCUGGAGAAGUAUCGCAAGAUGAACAAGCGACUUCCCACUAGGAAACCCCUGAGUCAGUCGCUGACACAGCUGAAUGAAAUGGAUGUUGUUUGCCCCCCAAGCCUUCUUUCUGACGAGGGCUUGGUUGUGGAGGGGCUGGCCCACAAACCUGGCAUUGUCACCAAUGGCAUAAUACCAGUUGGCCCUGGAACGGGGCUCCUGGUCUCCAGGGGUUCGGAUCCAUUGUACGAUCCAGCAUGCAAGCUGGGAAAGCCAGACAUGGGUAGCCUCAGUGCCCCAGGAUCACCUCCAGACUCACUGGACCCCAUGCCAAAGGUGGUGAUGCCUGCGCCUCCUCACCCUAGAGUGACGAGAGAGAGUCUGGCUAGUCAUAAACAUAUGUCUGCUGUCUCCAGAAUUCCCCAGAUACCUCAGUACCCUCCACAUCAGCCUGAGGGUUAUUACUCUGAAUCAAGACCACCACCAUCUGCCUCCCAGUACGAAUCCUCUCAGUAUCCUACAGGGAACACCUAUACUUACCAACACAUGCCUCGCUAUGUGCGCAACCCCGGCCCCCCCACCGACCCAGGCUUGUCACCCUAUCCAGACACCUAUUCUCUUUCCUAUGCUCCAGAACGCCAGUACCCCACCCCACCUUCUGACCCUCGAUAUGGCUACCCCCCACACCAUGAUGGCCGUCGCCACCAAGCUUAUGGAGGCCACCCUCCACACCAGUCCUAUGCACGGGAUGAGCUGGGACGCAGAAGUCCAGUGCCUAUAGAUGCGCCCCCACCACCGCAGCCCCAAACAGCAGGAGCUUCUUCCUACCUCCCAGACUCAUCGCGGGACAGAUAUGGGCCUGAGAUGUACAGCCACCCCAGUCAGAACAGGCCUUACGGCAGGAGUGCUUACUCUCGGCCGCAGCCCACCCUGGAUUACCUGCACCGGCGAAGAAAGGAGAUCAUGGCCCAGCUGGAGGAGCGUAAAGUGGUCUCCCCUCCUCCCUUCGCCUCCUCUCCAAACCUGGCCCAUUCUUAUGAUCCCAGCUACACCCAAGAGGUCAGGGGACAAAACCAUUACAUGGAAGAGAAUUCUCCUGCGUUUGAGAGCUUCAGGGAGACAGGCUGCACUGCUCAAUACUCUCCAUGGUCAUGUGACACUUUUGUCCCCUACAUUGGUGCCAAGGAUAUGAAAUCCAAAGAGGCCCUGGUCACAGGCUACAUGGAAAUGCAGAAUGUAGACAAGGGCCUGAGAGAUCCUGCGCUAGAGCUGCAGCGCAGAGCACCGGAGGUCAAAGACGAUGACCCCAUCAUUCCGUUUGGUCCACUGCCCACUGUUUCGCGCUUCGGAGCCAUCUCGCGCACAUCCAAAUCAGGCUAUCAGCCUGCUGGCCUGGUGCCAGGCCCCCAAGCCAAACACGCUGCCACUGCAGUCGAUUAUAGCUAUGGAAAUCACGGAGGAUGGAGUGAAGCAUCUUAUGUGCAACAUCAGACCAUGCCAUCUCAGGGACACUUCAGUGAGCGUAUGCCCCCUGCUGGUCCAGACAGGGAACAGCUGAGGAUGGAGCUUCAACAGGUCAACCAACAGAUCACCCAGCAGACCCGGUCCAUGGAGAGCUCCAGCAAUGUGGUGGCUUUGCAGAGGGAGUCUGGCUUGGCGGCUGGUCAGCCCACUCCAGUGGAGUGGUCAACAACUGGUGUGUCCAGCGAGCAGCUGAGCCUGGAGCUACACCAGGUGGAGAGAGAGAUUGGUAUGAGGACGCGAGAGAUGGCCAGGGAGAGUCAUGUAGCCCCUGGCAUGAAGUACAAGGUGGUUGCAGCCAGUGAAAAUGGCCAGAGUGAGCGCAGUUUGCAACGAGAGGAGCACCGGCUAGCCCUCAGUGAGGACUCAAAUGGUUCGAGUUCUGUGAUGCAGGACUGCGGUUUGGGCAGCAGCAGCAUGUCCUCCCUGACCAGCAAGACUUCCUCACUCAGCCUCUCAUCUGAUCUGGUGGCCAGCAGCCCAGACCUGUCUAAGAAUGGGGUGGUUCAUACAUGUUCCUAGCCAUUCUCUUUGUCUUCAGCUACCUUCUGCCCAAGAAUUGUUUGGUCCAUCUCUUCUCCUUACUAGUCUGUGUUUAUCUUGCUCGCUCCUUGGUAGCACCACUUGUACGAAGACUUUUGGUAGCCUGUCUUCUCUCCUGUUCACUCAGCAAAGCCACAGUACAUCACCCUUUCAUGCUCCCACCAUCCAGCAUGCUCCUACUCUUAUUGGAUGACUUCUUUUUGCUGCCGCCACAGUAUUGGGAUGUUGUACAUUCCAUAUUUUGCAUGAGAUAAGGGCUAUGUAGGGAAAUCUGGAUUUGAAAAUAACCACUCAUUGAUCAGAAUCAGUCAAUAUGGAGUACCUUUAACAAGAGAGACUUGCAGAGUCAGACCUAC